AUGCCACCAAGUAGAAAGUCCUUCAAGAGGAAAAUAGACGCGAAUCUGUCGGAAACCGAAGGGCCAUCUACAUCCAAGGUCUUAAAGAAAGCAAGGACCGAAAACAUAUCUGUCCCAGAAAUUUCGCAACCAACCAACAAAGUCCUUCCUGUAAAUAUUACAUUUCCACCACGAGAACCUGGGACGGUUCGCCUAGCAACGUGGAAUAUCUGUGGCCUAGCCGCGAGUCAGAAGAAGGGUUUCAAGUAUUACGUGGAAGCGGAGGACCCUGACAUUUUAGUUCUUACAGAAACAAAGGUUAACGACGUGCCCAACGAUCCCGCUUUGACGAAACGGUUCCCCUAUGCGUAUUGGUCAAUAUCCAGUAAAAAAUCGUAUUCUGGGACCGCCAUCCUGUCAAAACAUGAGCCACUGAGUGUGACGCGAGUCCUACCAGGUCAUCCUGAUCCCUCGCAUGUGAAAGGAAGGAUCAUUACCCUCGAGUUUGAGAAUUUUUAUGUCGUAGGCACGUAUGUUGUGAACGCCGGCACCGAUCUGAAGACUUUGGAUGAGAAGAAAGAGUGGAAUGUUCAUUUCGAUGCCUAUAUCCGUGAUCUCGAUUCCAAGAAGCCUGUCAUAUGGACCGGGGAUCUCAACGUUGCACCAACCGAAAUGGGUAUGUACUGCAACCAUCCUUUUGGCCCAAGGUUGAUCACCGCAGCAGACCUUGCAAACCCAAAGAAAAAAUGGAAUAAAACGGCAGGGUACACCGAGGCUGAAACAACGGCAUUUAGGAAGAUCCUGGCCUCGCCCGACGACAUCUCUGCGAACAAGUUUGUUGAUGUCUGGCGCCAAUUACAUCCUGAAGACCGGCAUUAUACAUAUUUUUCGUACAGAUUCAACUGCAGAACGAAAGGACUUGGAUGGAGACUGGACAUGUUUGUGCUUAGCGAGCGAAUGAUGGAAAGGGUAAAGAUGUGUGAGAUCCGUAGUGAGAUAUAUGGUGCAUCUGACCAUUGUCCUCUGGUUAUGGAGAUUGAGGGCAAACUGUAG